AUGGCUAGCACUGCAAUUGAAUCCCCCGAAACUGUAGAACCUCAUAACGGAAAGGAAAAGCCUACGCAAGAGGCAGGAAUACUUACACCGGACCAAACCCCUGCUCCUGACGACGCUAGAAAUGCUGCGGAACAGGCCCGGAAAGCAGCGGGAAUAGAACAUGAAAUCCAACGCAUCUUGCAAAGUGAUUCCGAUCUUAGUACCCUUGGGGUUGAUCAGAAUUCAACCCCUGAGGAUCGCCUACAUGCUUUGAGGACGCUUGGUUGCAAGAUCCAUCAUGAACACAGUGGAUACGGCAGUACAAAAGAGCGAAAGAAAGAAGCGAAGAAAGCCCUCAAGAAGCUUUGCAAUGCCGCGGAAAAACUCGGCGUUGAGUCUCCCUAUGCCUCGGCAGUCUUUCACUGGGAUGGCAAAAAGGACCUCAUGGCAGAAGACUCGGAUGACUCAGGUGACUCAGACUCAGAUGACUCAGGUGAUCGGAUGGAUCAAGACUCCGUCCCUGAGCCUCCCGAGUCAGUCCACCGUACCUAUCGAGUCAGUUCGCGAAAUUUACAAAAAGGCAACACCAUUUGUACAGAAACUAGCCGUCGAUCCUAA